AAGAAGACAAAGCGGAACGGGAGGGAUCCAAGCGAGGAAAGGCGUGGAAGCCGCCUGGUGGUUUUAUGCAAAAAGCUUCGGGUAGACCGUUUUCUUUUAACAUCCUCGUCCGGCAAACAUGGAGGGAGACGAGGAGUUCAUGAAGUACCGCUCUCCGCUAGUGUCUAGAUAUGCAAGCAAGGAAAUGGCCUAUAACUUCAGCGACAAGAAAAAAUUCACAACGUGGAGGAAGCUGUGGAUCCUACUGGCCAAAGCUGAGAAGUUUCUUCAAAAACACCCGUAAUCGUAAACAUCUGAUUAGAACGAAACUCUACAAACCCAAACACUGGAGCUUGGCGUCGAGACAUCUCUGCCUCGUCAUUCCCCCUCAGGAAUUGGGUCUGCCGAUCACGGACGCUCAGAUCCAGGAGAUGGAGAGCCACGCCGAGGACAUCGACUUCGCCAUGGCCGCCGAGGAGGAGCGGAAGCUCAGGCACGACGUCAUGGCUCACGUCCACACCUUCGCUCACUGCUGCCCCUCCGCCGCCCCCAUCAUCCACCUGGGAGCCACGUCUUGUUAUGUCGGCGACAACACCGAUCUCAUUAUGCUGCGUGAUGGCUUUGACAUCCUCCUCCCUAAGCUGGCGAGGGCCAUCGACAGGCUUGCAAACUUCGCAGAGAAAUACAAAGACCUUCCUACGCUUGGCUUCACACACUACCAGCCCGCCCAGCUCACCACCGUAGGGAAGCGGGCGUGCCUCUGGCUGCAGGACUUGGCGAUGGACAUGCGGAACCUGCAGCGAGCCCGUGACGACCUGCGUUUCCGGGGGGUCAAGGGGACGACCGGGACCCAGGCUAGCUUCCUGCAGCUUUUUCAGGGGGACCACAAUAAGGUGGAGGAGCUGGACAGGAAGGUGACAGAAAUGGCUGGAUUCAAAAAAGCUUACCUGGUGACCGGACAGACAUACAGCCGUAAAGUGGACGUCGACUCUCUGUCCAACUUGGCCAGUUUGGGCUGUACUGUCCACAAGAUUUGUACGGACAUCCGUCUGCUGGCCAACCUGAAGGAAAUAGAGGAGCCUUUUGAGAAAGAGCAGAUCGGUUCCAGUGCCAUGCCCUACAAGAGGAACCCGAUGCGGGCAGAGCGCUGCUGCAGCCUGGCUCGGCACCUGGUGGCGCUGAUGGCCGACCCACUGCAAACGGCGUCGGUCCAGUGGCUGGAGAGGACUCUGGACGACAGCGCCAACAGGAGGAUCUCCCUCCCAGAGUCCUUCCUGACCGCAGACAUCGUCCUCAGCACCCUGCAGAACAUCACAGAGGGUCUGGUGGUCUACCCGAAGGUCAUCGAGAGGCACAUCCGCCACGAGCUGCCCUUCAUGGCCACGGAGAACAUCAUUAUGGCCAUGGUGAAGGCUGGAGGGAACAGACAGGACUGCCACGAGAAGAUCCGGGUUCUGUCCCAGGAGGCGGCGGCUGUAGUGAAACAGGAAGGAGGCGACAAUGACCUGCUGGCCAGAGUCCAGAGAGACCCCUACUUCACCCCCGUCCUGGGCCAGCUGGACGCCCUGCUGGACCCCAGCACCUUCGUCGGCCGCGCCCCACAGCAAGUUGUGAGGUUCCUGUCUGAAGAAAUACGCCCCCUGCUGGAGCCCUUUAAGUCGACGAUGGAUGUGAAGAUUGAACUGGAGCUUUAAGGAUAACAGGCACACUAAUACCCGUAUGGACAAAGUUGAGAGAAAGACAGUUGAAUAAAAGUGUUUUUAAUUCUA